UCGAUACAAAUAAUUGUUUUACACAAGCCGCUAAUUUUUGCCAGAAAAUUAAAGCAGUUUAAAUAAAUAAACAAAGUAAAAGAUUCAUAAAAGUUUUAUAGGAAAAGUAGCUCUUGCUACCAGCGUUUAAACUUCACAGUUUCCUUUGCGUCCCGACUCACAGGAUACACUUAAAAUGCAGCAAUCCAAUUCUGUGCCGCCGGGCGGCGAUAAUUUGUUGCCGCUGAAAGCCUGCAGCACCGCCGGCUGCAAGGUGGCCAACGUGGUGGACAAGGCCAAAAGGAAGUGCUCCCAGUUCGUGACGGCCCCAUACAUUAUGUCCAAGCCACUGGUUGUCAAUGGCCACACAUCGAUCUUUCAAGUCAGCGGCGAGAUGGCAAAGAUGGGCGACAUUCCGGACCUUUCCGGCGGUGUACCUGGUGAACUGCCCAUCUAUCGAAUUAAGCCAGGAACCCAUGCCCACGUAAUCAACUAUGUCCUGGUCGACGAGGGAUCCGAUUCACUGGAGAAAGCUAAAUCGGGCGACCAGGAGGCCAUGCGCCUGCUGCUGGAAUCACAGCGGGAGAGCGCCAUCGCUAAGCUGCAGAAGCUGAUAGGCAGCCACCGUGGCGCAAACUCCACUGGGACAAGCACAGGGCCCAUUACAACGCGACCUGGAUCCUCUACUGGAGUGGGUACUUCCGCUCAGGCCCAAGCUUCCUUGGUCCCCACCAGCAGCAAUGUGACUACGCCUCAAAUUCAUCCAGACUUCUCGAUUGCCAGCGUCGAGGGUGCCGUGAAUUUCGGCUCCGGCAUGUCGACAGCUGCUCCACCACCCCUACUUUCUAUACCCGCCACUGCCGCCGUAUCAACUGGAACUGGCAACGCGCUAUCCGCGACCGAGGUGGACCGUCUGCAGGCGGAGAUUAUGGAGCUGCGGCGCACGGUGGCUUCGUUGAAAGAGGGUGGUCGUUAGCAACUAGCUUUUAUAAAUUAUUUAAUUCUGAUGUAAAGAAAAUCAUUCUUUAAAAACGAAAUAUUAUAUUUUCAUUAUUUUGAAAACUGUAAAAGAAACAAAUGCAUCAUUUGACAAAAAAAACUAAUUUGGCUAAAAUUUAUGCUAGCCAUUAGAUUUUAGAUAUUAAAAGUACUUCAUAGACACAAUAAAGAAGUUCUGCAAAACAA